AUGGAAGCCUCAGACGCGUCACUAUCUGCCGAGGAAGCUGUAGUAGACACUCCCGUUGAAGAACUCGAGAAACCGACUCCCUCCCCUCCGCAUUCGAAUGGCGAAGUGGACGUCAUUUUGCAACUGCAAGCGUGGAAGGAGCGAGGUGAGCAAUUAGAGAAAUUACUGACCGUGAAAAAUGCAAAGUUGCAGGAAAUGGAGGAGACGGAGGUCAAGUUGAAGCGAUUAUUAGCUAUGGCCAAGCGUAGUAUUGACAAUAGUAAGCAAGAAGCUAUGGAGAAAGAUGAGAGGAUUCAAACGCUACAAGAAGAGCUGAGCAAGAAGCAGAAAAGUAGACACACAUGGGUCGUGGACGCGUCAACGCGGGACCCGAAAAAAAUCUGGCAAAAAGUGGCGCACGGAAAAUUGAUUUGGUGUUUGGUUGAGUACGCAGACGAAAACGAUAUGGACGAACUGAAAGAAUUUGCAUGGCAUUGCUUUAAUAAUGAAGAGGAGAUCCAGGCAUAUGCAAACCGUGCGACGGGAGAACCGUUGAUGCUACCAGACUUUUCUAUGAUGCCGUAUGAAGUAGAGCGCGUGAAAAAGAGCUUGGAGGAAGAAAUCGACCGUGUUCAGGAAGAAUUUCGUCGCUAUCGCGUUCGCUCUGAGAUUGCUCGGAAGCAAAAAGACGCUGAGAUUCGAAAGAUGAACGCAAAUGUAAUGGCUAAACAGACAGAGCAGAUUGCAGAAAUCGACAUUCUAGGGGAGCUACAAUUGUCAAAAGCGCAGAUUCGUCGGUUAGCAAAGGCGCAAGCUGAGGCCGAGGAGCGGGAAUCGGAGUGGCGACGAAAGUUCGAAAAGCUGAUGAAAGAUUAUGAAAAACUAAGCGGUACGAUGGGUGAAACAGCUUUAGCAAUGGAAUGGAGAGAAAGAUAUGAACACACAGUUCGCGAAAAGCAAGAAUUGGAAAAAAGAAUGGAGGAAUUGAAGUUAAUGAGUAGUGGUGCAUUCGGUAGUUGGAGUGACAGCAGUAAUGGAGAUUUACAGAUGUUGCGCCAAGAAUCAGCGCAACAUCGAAAACGUGCCUUGAAUGCUGCGGAACAGAAAGAAUCAAAUAGUGUUCAGCUGCACUAUCACGAAAAUGGUGGGGGGAGCGGUAUUAGUAGCCGUUCGAACAGUUUUAAAGAUACUCAUGCUCGCCGUUUGAGCGGAGAGUCCAACAGCAGCCUGUCGGGGUUCGAAACACCCAACGCGACCAAAACAAAUGAGUAUUUAAAAAAUAUUAUUUACAAAUACAUGGCUUCUGACCAGCAUGAGGCCAAGGAGCACAUGGAGAAAGCAAUUGCGACCAUUUUAAAUUUUACCCCAUCCGAAAUCACUGCACUUCAGGAAAAGCGAAAGCAAACGCAGGGCUGGUUUUGGUAA